AUGAGUUCUCCAUCAUUCAUCUUACCAGAUAGCCCACCACAGCGCAUCCUCAACUACUGGCAGCAGCAGCAGAAAGCUUGCAGCUCGGCUGCCACCUCCGCUGCCACGGCUGCCGCCUCCGCUGUCUCCCCCACCUCCUCCUCCGCCUCACCCCUAAAGAGACAGGGAAUCUUCGUUCAACGAGAGAGGGGUGAGGAGAUCGUGAUUCCGGACAGUCCUCUGCCACAAUCUACACCGGCUACCUGGGCGCCGUGGCAUGCGGUGCUGUCAACUCAACCCAGCAAGCAGCUGGUGAAGAGGAGGCUAGUUUUUGAGGACGAGGGCGUGCUCACUCAAUCAAAGAAACUUGUGCCGGAAGAGGACGAGAACUCAUCCAUGGUGCCGCUGAUGAAGGAGGUGCGACGAAGGGAGGAGGAGGAGGAAGUGGAGAUAGAGGACAAGAUGCAAUCGGAGAGCUUUCUAAGAUUAUUGAAUAGCCGCACCGAGAAGCCAUGGACGCCUCUGCGCGAGCUGGAAGAGGGGUUGCCAUAUCCAAUAUGUGACGUGAGAGAGGCGUCCAACCAGCACGGGCGGCGAAUUGUGCUCAAAAUCCGGGUACCCGGACUACGAACAACAGAUGUUUAUCUUCCAGAAAGAUUUACCUGGAUUUUGAGCACAAAAGACAUUGAAAAUUUUAAAUUAAAGUGCAAAACCUUAUGUCUGUUUGUAAAGCAUGUUAAUAUGAUAUCAAAUUUUGGUAGAAGCCAGCCUUUGCGUUCCUGA